AUUGUGACUGUGUUUCACAUGCUGGACUGGGGUUGUCUCCCAUUCAAUGGAAUCCUCCCACCCCCGUGUCCCACUUUGGGAACCAUCCUUCUCAUCAGCUCCACACCUCAACUAGGGACUUGCCCAGCCCACCCGGCCUCUCCCAUGGUGGCAGAUUCAAAGCUGGGGCUGGGACGGUUGCUUCUGCCGUGUCUCCUUCCUGCCCCCACCAGGUGCAGGGCGGAUCUCACCUGGAGACGUUUGUCUGGUAAGCUGGGCUCAAAGGCAUCAGCCCUUCCGCAAAACGGGCCAAGCAAAGAGAAGAAAACUUGGCUCACGGCUUCCAUAAGGGUGAGCUCCCCGCUGGUGCCCCAGCUCAGCCUCAACUUAACUCAGUCAGUGGGUCACUCAGCUUGUCCCCAACCCAACGCAGUCCAGGACCCUCCAGUCCCACAACCCUAUGCAACUCAAUCACCUCCCAACCCAGUCCAAACGCAGUCCAGUCCCCUGCAACCCUACGCAACUCAAUCCCCUUCCAACUGCACCCAGCCUGUUCCCAACCCAACCCAAUGCAGUCCAGUCCCCCACAAUCCUACGCAAUUCAAUCCCCUCCCAAUUCAGCCCUGUCCAUUCCCAACGCAACCCAAUGCAGUGCAAUCCCCCACAACCCUACGCAACUCAAUCCCCUCCCAACCCAACGCAGUCCAGUCCCCCGCAACCCUAAACAACUCAAUCCCCUCCCAACCCUACCCAGUCCCCUCCCAACCCUGCACAACUCAGUUCUACUCAGUCCCCCAGCCCAACUCAAUCCCCUUCUGGUCCUUUUCCAACCCAAUCCAAACCCCUCCUAAUCAAAAGUUUUCCCCCAAACCCUGCAAAGCUGACACCUCCCGCAGAGUGCAGUUGCAUCCCCCAGGAGUUCGGGGGCCACUCAGACGUCCCCAGCUUGCCGUACCCCCAGAAUCACAUAUCUCCGGCUUGUCCUAAGCUAAUGGGCAAG